CCUGCGGUCAAGUUGCGACACUCGAGCGAGCAGCGUUAGGUUUCAGUCGUAGAAAAAUGAUGCUGUUGUUAUUUUGCUUUUGUCUUUCGUGCCUCACGUUUUGUUCCUCAGCCAACAGAAAUGACAGACCCAUCAUUGGUGUUUUGGCUCAAGAAGUUUAUUCACCAAAACCGAAUCAGACAGCUGUCAUCGCUGCGUCUUACGUGAAGUUCCUGGAGUCAGCAGGAGCGAGGGUUGUUCCUGUCAUGAUUAACCAGACACCGGAGGCGUAUAAGACGCUGUUCAACUCCAUCAAUGGGAUCCUUUACCCGGGCGGAGGUGCCAGCAUUAUCUCCUCCGGUUAUGAAAGGGCUGCAAAAAUCUUCUAUGAGCUGGCCAUACAGGCAAACAAGAGAGGCGACUACUUUCCUGUGUGGGGCACCUGUCUUGGAUUUGAGCAGCUGACCUAUUUGACGAGUGGAGAGUCCAUCCUGUCACAUACUAAUACGAGCGGUGUGUCGCUGCCGCUGAGCUUCACUAACGAAGCCAAAGACAGCAAGAUGUUUAAAGGCUUCCCAGCUGAACUCAUGGCAGAUCUGGCUUCUCAGCCGCUGACAGAAAACUCUCACAAGUGGAGUUUGGCAGUGUUGACUUAUAACACAAAUGAGGAUCUGAAGAAGUUCUACAAAGUUCUCUCCACAAAUACGGAUGGAACAACAGAGUUUGUGUCAACAGUGGAAGCGUACGAUUACCCAAUUUAUGGGACGCAGUGGCAUCCAGAGAAGAAUGCAUUCGAGUGGACGAGGCCUUACAUUGCACACUCGCCAUCAGCCGUCAAGACCACCUUCUACAUGGCUGAAUUCUUCGUCAGUGAAGCCAGGAAGAACUUUCACAAAUUCGAGUCUGAGGAGGAGGAGAGGAAAGCGCUGAUAUACAACUACAGUCCUGUUUACACCGGACCCAACAGCAGCUUCGAGCAAGUGUAUUACUUCUAAUUUAUUCUGAUGCCAGUUUGCAGACUGCUUUUCCUCAGCAGCUGAUUGGCCGUCUCAAUCACGCGACUUGCGAACAUUUGCGGAUAAUUUGAUGUGUUUGAUUUUGCUGCUCGCUCCAUCUGUCGAAUCUGCAACUAAAUCAAGCAGUAAAGUGGAAAUAAGACAGAUUUAUACAUGCAGCCUGAUUCUGGAUGCAGGUCAGGAUUUAAAAAAUGUUAAAUCACGUUUUGUGGAUGCUGUUUCUGAGUUUACAGCUGAGUAAUUCAAUUUUAUUACAGAACGUGAACAUUGCGAUGUUUACGGUCCAUCAUUUUGUGUGCACAAUUACCCACAUAAAGCAGCUGCAUUUCGAUGAACAAAUACACAUUUAAAGCUGCAAGAAAUCAAUAUUUUUCCAUUAAUGAUCAAAUUACUAAAUGUGUCACGUAAAAAAGGGCUUAUUGUUUUUGUUGUCCUGAAAACCCUGCUUCCUGUUGCAGCAGGCAAAUGUUUUUAGCAAAAAAAAAGCUCAGAUAAACUUAACGCUAACAGACAGCAAGUGAGCACAGUGAAGCAUUUAACAACUGCAGAGCCAGAACAUUACUAUCAGGAUUUAUUGGAGACCAAAACAGAGUGAAUGUUGGACUUCCAUUCAGUGGGUCACCAAAAACAUGACUCCAAAUGAAUGUGGCCGUGAGUCUGCUAGUAAAGAAGCUACUGUUUGAUAACAUGUAACAGCUUUAUACAGUGAUAACAGGUCUGUUUUCUGCUUGUUCCGCUGCUCCCAAAUGGACAAAAAAAAAAAUUAAUACAGGUUUAAAAUUCACAAGAGCAACAAAACAGAUGAGCCGAAAAGACUGAAGGCUGAUAAAAUAUCUAUUUUUUUUUUAUUCUAACAUUUACCUUCAUGCCACAGUCUGACAUUAAUCGCCUUCUACGCUUUGGAUAACAAAGUUGAGCGUCUUGAAAAAGUCCUCAACCGCUGGCAAAAGAGUUCGACGCUGCCUUUUAUAAAGUCCACUUCCAUCUCAGUUCAAGGACAGCAACAGGAGAACAGAAAUGAAUAGUCAAAUGUAACUUCCAAAAUGCUUUAUGCACAAAUAACACUCAGGUAAUAUAGUUUUUUUUUCUUUUUUUUUUUUUUUUUUUUUGGAGAAUAAAAUGAUAUUUGAAUAACAUUUACACAUCAAGCUGACGAGACUGGGAUCUCAAUCACGAUACUACUGGAAAUGUAAUUAAUGCAAUCCAGUAAGGAACAUUCAAGAUGUCAAAAUUACCAUGUGGAGCUGAGCUAUCGGGGGUAGUGCUGCAAAUAACCUCUCAACAUGCACUGAAACGCAACACAAAUGGCCAUUCAAAUAAAAAAAUGGAAAAUUCGACUUGUGCCUCAAGGAUUCCUCAUUCCGUAGGUCGUGUUGACGCGUCUUCAUCGGACUCUGAAGCUAAAACCGUGUCUCACCCUUAUAUACAAAUGCAUCAUUUCUUGGGGUAUGACACUAAUCCUAAUGGUUUCUCGCCUUCAACCUGAUUUACGUGUUUCAAUAUCAAACACUGCAGUUUCUGUUCUGGUUACAAAUGUUCUUUACCUACCAGUCUUUAAAAUCUUAAAAGCAAUGAUGCAUGCAGGUUCUGUACACUUCAGCUUGGUGUAAUAAUGUCAUUGGGUUCCCGAAAAUGGUUCAUUUUUAGCUGUGAAACUUUAAAAGCCUUCAGUUUCUCAAUCGUGUACUAACUGUUUAUUUUAAUAAUGAUCUAUUUCAAGCUAUAGAUUUAAAACAACAGCUGCUAUUUUGGGAAAUGUGCCCACUCGCUUUCUUGAUGAGUGUUAGAUGAAAAGAUUGAUACAGCUAUCACGUCUGUUCGUUAAAUAUGAACUGAAAUCCAGGAGAAGGUUAGCUUAGCUUAGCAUAAAGACUGGAAGCAGAGGGAAAAGAGCUAGCCUGGCUCCAGGAAGUCCCUGCUCCUGGCCAAGAAAUAGUCCAGGUCAUAACUCCCAUAAAACCACAGCUUGUAGUUACAGUAUAAUGUGCUACUAGUGUACUACGCUAGCUUUUCCCUCCACUUCCAGUCUUUACGCUAAGCUAAGCAGCUAAACUGACGCUCCAUAUGUAACAAGCAAACAUGAGUUUGGAAUGUUCUCAUCUAACACAAGAAGACGAAUGAGCUCAUUCGGCAAAAUGUGACACCAUUCUUAGAAAAUUCGCCUUGUUGUAGUUCGUAAAUGCAAUCCCACAGCAGGAUGUUUUCUGACAAAGUAAGGCACAGUGACUAAAACAAGUUGAUGCUUCUGUGUCCCAUGAAACUGGCUCGUCACAAUAAAACUGGCUCAAAUGAACUU